GGAGGCGCUUUACGCGGAAGUCAGCGGCGUCCGGUUCCAUCCUUCUCUGGGUGCGGGCAGUGGGCGACCCUGGGCCGACCCGCGACCCUUGGUCACGAGCCCGUGUGCCCUCAGAGGGUGCCCGGACAGAUCGAAGCCAUGGCCAUUCUUUUUGCCGUUGUUGCCAGGGGAACCACUAUUCUUGCCAAACAUGCUUGGUGUGGAGGAAACUUCCUGGAGGUGACAGAGCAGAUUCUGGCUAAGAUACCUUCUGAAAAUAACAAACUAACGUACUCACAUGGCAAUUACUUGUUUCAUUACAUCUGCCAAGACAGGAUUGUAUAUCUUUGUAUCACUGAUGAUGAUUUUGAACGUUCCCGAGCCUUCAAUUUCCUGAAUGAGGUAAAGAAGAGGUUCCAGACAACUUAUGGUUCAAGAGCACAGACAGCACUUCCAUAUGCCAUGAAUAGUGAAUUCUCAAGUGUCUUGGCUGCGCAGCUGAAGCAUCACUCGGAGAAUAAGGGCCUAGACAGAGUGAUGGAAACUCAAGCCCAAGUGGAUGAACUGAAAGGAAUCAUGGUCAGAAACAUAGAUCUGGUUGCUCAGCGGGAGAAAGAUUGGAAUUGUUGAUAGACAAAACUGAAAAUCUUGUGGAUUCAGUAAAGUAUAGAAUAUAAUAAUUUUCCAGGAUGUAAAGUCGAUAAACUGUAAAUGAUUGCUAACAUAGUAAGAACUUAAAUUCA